AUUAGAUAGCAAAAUAAGUUUCAAUACGUUUGAUGCACAUUAAUUUUUGACUUUCAUACUUUAUUUCAUGUAUGACCAUAUUCAAUAUUUUGAUAUCCAUUUUGUUGUUUGUUUGUUGUUUUAUUCGCCCAGGACUCAAUGGAAAGCAGUACUGAUAAUAAGUGGAUUAUCUCUGAAUCGAAUAUUGACAUAAUAAAAUCAGUGCAGUUGAAAUCUUUGCAUAUGAUCUGCUUAUUUUUUAGCAAGCUGUUUCCUUGUCACUCAUUUUCUUUCUGUUUCACCCACACUGCAGCUGCCAAACACAGUUUACAUGUCUAUCAGAGAGACUAAAUGAUACAUUAUCUAUGCAUGUAUGCAAUGAGACAAGUUGCAGCACCAGGCUGACCACAAUCCUGCUAACACCUUGGUCUCAACAUGGUUAAAAAGCUGCAGACACUGCUCAGGACUAUAUUUUCAUCAAAAAAAAAAAAAAAAAAAACAAAACCAUUCAGUCUAUACAGUAUAUACACAUAAUAAAACAAACACAUUCUGACCAGACACCAUGACUAUCAUAAAUAAUGGUCAAUGUUUAUCAAAUUUCUGUAGGAGAAAGUCUUUUAUUUUCUUCCAGCUAUGGCAGUGCUUCAUGCUGUACAUUCUGUUGGGAAACUGGUCAGAUAUUUGCUAUAAUCAAGGUGCAAGUUGAUCACAAGCAGCAAAAGUAAACAUACACAAUGUGAUACAUUUCCUCUUCAGGUGUAGACAGGAAGUUAAAGGACAAAACAUCAGAGACUGAGCAACUGCUGAAAUGCAUAAGGUACUUCCAUAUUUUCCCUCUAGCCUCAAUUACUUCCAAAUUGUGUUCUGCUGUUUUGUUUCAGGCUUUGUCUUCUUAUUCUGCCUGCCUAAGUAGCUUUUAACCUUGGCCUGUUUUGGGAUUGAGCCUUUACAUCUCAGUCAAAUGUGUAUCUGUGAGGAUAAACAUACCCAUCUCUGCAGAUAGGAUUUAGUGAAAAGUGCUUUAGGUAACUGCAGGUUGCAGAGGAGCAGACAUGGGCACACAUCAACCAAGUUUGAAACAGACAUAUUGUCUUAAAAACCAAAAUCAUACAAAACCAAUAAUGCUAAUGCCUCUAUAUAAUACUAGCACGCCUUUGCUUACGUAUAUAUCCCAGCCUAUUUAAGAUUUUGGACAUGUGCACGCCAGCUCUGCAAGCCUCUCUGGCCUACAGCUUCCAGUAUAAUUAGAGUUUGGCUGAUCCAUCUUCCUGUCAGGAGUUGGGUUUGACACAUAGGCCUAUAUAUGACACAGUCACUGGUGUUACACAGUGUGGGGACACACAACGAUUACAUUUCUUGCCCAACGCCCAUACAGUAGGUUUGCUUUUUAUAUAGAAACAAACCCAUUGAUGUCAUUUUCGCGUAUCAGCGCCCACGUUCAUCAUAUAAAAAAACUCCAAUUUGUAAAGUAUCAAGCGUGUUAUCAAUACUUAGUCGGACGAUGUGCAGCAGCAUCAUCAGCAGCAGAAAGUAGCAGAGUGAGACAUCUGUUCUCCGUCCUGCUGCUGUAACGUAACAAACGUAACGUAACAAGCCGUUACGAGCAGCUGCUCUCAUGUCUCCCCGGUUCUCGGUGUUUGUUUUCGGCAGCAACUCUCCCGCUCUCUGCUUGCUCAGCCUGCUCUCAGUUUGUCUGUCUCCGGAUGGCAGGCGGUUCUAAGCGGCGGUCGUCCUCUGGCUCAUCCCCGUCUGUAUAUGCCGCAACCCGGCUGUAUGCGGAGGACGACCCGCUGGCAGCAGCCUGAAGCCCGCUGUCACUAACUCUCAUAUAAGGGGAAGAUCCAAACUAAAAAUCUAAUGUUAAGGAUCAAAGUAAGCGCUCUACGGAUGAGCAUCAUUGACGAAUAUCUUAUUUUGUAAAAUGUCAACAUCGGUGUUGUUACGUGUUUAUUAGUCGGUGGGAAAAUGUCCUCACUGUGGCAUACCUAGUGUGUGACAGUUGUCGUAACCUGUUUAUGUUGUUUAUAUUUUAUUUUACAACAAUGAUUCAGUGCUGCCCUCCUGGCCAAGUCGUUCUUGAAAAUGAAAUUUUAAGCUCAACAAGUAUAACAACAAAUAAAAGGAAAAUUUUAAAAAAUGCAUUGCUGUAGUCUACAUAAAUGCUCAUUUAGUUUUACGUCUCACACUCCUCACUUUAUCUUGUUAGUGGGGCUGAAAAACCUUGUUUUGCAGAAACCACUCCUCUUCCUGGGAGGAAACCAAAUGUAAACACCCUCCCUCUGUUUCCUGCUGUCAAGUUCAGCCAGUCCCGUUCAGUUGAGAUGUUUCCUGCUUCCUGCCAUAAUCGCAGAUCUACCAGUGUACAGAUGUGUAUAACCGACAUGCUGUGGAGUGCCAUAACUGAUGAUCCCCAUUCACUACAGAUCAGCAAGUGAAAAUGGAGCAAAGGAACUGAGAUUUGGUUGGUUUGGAUCAUUUAUUGCGAAGUGAAACUAUUUGGCACUCACUGUCUCACUGCCUGAGGUGAAAUGGCGCAGCAAAGAAUGGACCAAGAAAAACUCUGCUGUUCGAUCUGUUUGGAUUUACUAAAGGACCCAGUGACUAUUCCCUGUGGACACAACUACUGCAUGAACUGUAUUAAAAUCUACUGGGAUGGAGACGAUCAGAAGAAAAUCUGCAGCUGUCCUCAGUGCAGAAACACCUUCAGACCCAGGCCUGUCCUGGUGAAAAACACCAUGUUAGCAGAUUUAGUGGAGGAGCUGAAGAAGACUGGACUCCAAGCUGCUCCACCUGAUCACUGCUAUGCCGGACCUGAAGAUGUUGCCUGUGAUUUCUGCACUGGGAGAAAACUGAAAGCUCUCAAGUCCUGUCUGCAGUGUCUGGUCUCUUACUGUGAGCAACACCUCCAGCCUCACUAUGAAUCUCCUGCCUUUGAAAAACACAAGCUGGUGGACCCCUCCAAGACGCUUCAUGAGAACAUCUGCUCUCAUCAUGGUAAAAUUAUGAAGAUUUUCUGCCGCACUGAUCAAAAAUGUAUCUGUUAUCUGUGCUCAAUGGAUGAACAUAAAGGCCAUGACACAGUUUCUGCUGCAGCAGGGAGGAAUGAGAAGCAGAAAGAGUUAAAGGCUAGUCAGCAAAAAAUCAAGAAGAGAAUCCAGGACAGAGAAAAAGAUGUGAAGAUGCUUCAGCAGGAGGUGGAGACCAUCAAUAAUUCUGCUGAUCAAGCAGUGAGGGACAGCGAGAAUAUCUUCAAUGAGUUGAUCCGUCUGAUUGAGAAAAGAAGCUCUGAUGUGAAGCAGCAGAUCAGAUCCAAGCAGAAAACUGAAGUGAGUCGGGCCAAAGAGCUUCAGAAGAAGCUGCAGCAGGAGAUCACUGAUCUGAGGAGGAAAGAUGCUGAACUGGUGCAGCUCUCACACACAGGAGAUCACAGUCAGUUUCUCCAAAAGUACGCCUCACUGUCACAAAUCAGUAAAUCUACAGACUCACCCAGAAUCCAUAACCGUCCUCUGAGCUACUUUGAGAAUGUGGUUGCGGCUGUGUCUGGGGUCAGAGAUAAGCUAGAGGGCAUUCUUAGUGAGGUAUGGACCAAGAUCUCAUCAACAGAGAUUGAAGUGGAUGUUUUACUGCCACAGUCAGAGUUCAGAACCAGAGGUGAAUUCCUACAAUAUUCACAACAGAUCACGAUGGAUCCAAGCACAGCAAACACAGAGUUGAUAUUAUCUGAAGGGAACAGAAAAGUAACAGUAAAGGAACUAACAUUAUCAACUGCAGUGGGUUGGGUAAUAAAGUCAUUUGUUAAUCAGCCAGAAACAUCUGCUUUUCAGAAGCUACAGGUCCUGAGUAGAGAGAGUCUGAGUGAACGUUGUUACUGGGAGGUUGAGUGGAGCGGAGAAGAAGUUUCAAUCGCAGUCACAUACAAUAAUAUUAGAAGAACACAAGAAGAAAGUGAAUUUGGACAAAAUGACAAGUCUUGGGCAUUACAUUGUGUCAACAAAAAAUAUACAUUGAGACAUGACAAAAGAAACGCUUAUAUUGUCUGUCGGCCCUCCAGAGUAGGAGUGUACCUGGAUCAAAGAGCAGGUAUUCUGUCCUUCUACAGCGUCUCUGACACCAUGACUCUCCUCCACAGAGUCCAGACCACAUUCACUCAGCCGCUCUAUGCUGGGUUAAAGCUUGUUUAUGAUGCCACAGUUGAGUUGUGUGAGUUUGAGUAGACAAGAAUUAUUAUUGAACAGGCGAUGGGUGAGAUUCUCUUUUUACUUUUAGAAUGGGUUUUGUUCCCAUUUUCAUUGUUUAACUCUCUUCGCAGUGUUGUUUUUGUGCUAUAGUUUCAAGAGAUCUCCUGCACAAUAGUGUAGGCAUGACUACCACUUCUGUUUCUGAUUUUCUAUUGAUGCAGUGUGGCAAUUUAGUCUCUGUCUUUUUAGCCAUGGUAGCUAUCACUUCUCACGACAACUUCAGGUUUGCUUGUAUGUUGCUGACAUUUUGUUAAUAUUUUUUCAUUUUGUUGUUUUUUUUGUAAAAGGAGUGAAAGUUGCACAGGAAACAAAACAAAAUGAACAAAAUAAGGGGAAAUAAUAUAAAUCUUCAAUAAUGGCUAAAACAAUCAAAAUAC